GCCACAAUGCUCUUGUUUGCCCUCGUGGACGCGCAGACGAUCGCACGUUUGAAGCGCGAGGAACGAGCGCCGGCGGUGCAUUCUGCGCUGAGGGACAGCGGGCUCGUCCCCGCUCCGCUCUGUUCAAUGCGGCGCAGCCAAGUCCGCGUCCGCAGGUCCGCGGAGAUCCGCUCCGGGUUUUGCGUGCGGCCGCAGGGCUACUCACAGCCUCUAGCUGAUUUUUACUCAGCUUCAUGUCCUGAUAUCACUCCGCUGGCAUGGAGGAGGAGGAGGAGGAGGAGGAGAGCACUUGAUCAUUGUGAUGGUGGCAGCAGCUGCGAGCAGCCCGCAGAUCGGCGGCGUCGACUUUGAGCGGGCGCGCGCGCGCGGGGGGGGGCCCUCGCUCGCUCGCUCGCUCGCUCGCGCGCACCUCCGAGUGGCCCGGAUUUCCAAGGACCUCCUGCUCGCUCCGCACUCGCGGAUUUUUUCCACGCAAAUGAAUGAGAUGCAAGUUGACGGAACUACUCCGGAGCCCGUGCGCCGCGAACGGCAAAACUUUUUCUCGAAGGACAACGCAAUAAAGGCGAGGGCUCGCGACACUGUCACUGGCUGCCGCGUGCGAUGAUCGUUUUUGUUACGGCGGGAUCUUCCGUGGAGUUACGUGGUCGCGCUGUGGUGGCACUGGAAGUGAGUGGAAGGGGGCGAUUGCUGAGUUCGGUCAGUCACGCUCCGCUAUUGUUGUCUGUUUGCGCGCCGCGCGCUCUGCGUUGUUUAAUGGCAUCAUCGCAUGGUUGAGUGACACGUUUCCCCGCGAAGGAGGGACGCACUCGGCGCUUGUUAUAGUUAUUGGAAAUUUCCUCUUCUUUUUUUUUUUUUUUUGUUUUUUUUUUUUUUUUUUUUUCUUUUCUUUUCUUUUUUUCCCCUCCUCCUCCCCCCGCCCGGGAAACACUUUUUUGGCGAAGGAGGCUUAACAAAGUUCUUCCAAAAUACUGUGCGCGGACCGUAUGAUGGGGGACUUUGCCACCCCCGCUGCUGCGAACGGCAGCAGCAUUUGCAUUAACAGCAGCAACAUAAACAGUGGCAUCGGUAACAAUAACAGCGGCAGCGUGGGCAUCCCCAAGCACAGCACCGUGGUGGAGAGGUUGAGGCAGCGGAUCGAGGGCUGCCGGAGACACCACGUCACCUGCGAGACCAGGUACCAGCAAGCGCACGCGGAGCAGCUGGAGCUCGAGCGCAGGGAGACGGUGAGCCUCUAUCAGAGGAGCCUGGAGCAGAGGGCUAAGAAGUGUGUCCACAGUAAACAGCCAAACAAACAGCAGGAGCCCGAGUCGGCGGCCACGGCAGAGCAGAGAAAUAACACGCUCAUCGCGCUUCAGGAGACGGUGAAGAGGAAACUCGACAGCGCGCGGUCACCGCUGAAUGGGGAGCAGAACGGCAUCUGCGAUGGGAGUUUUUCUCCGAGUACGAAAAGGCUGCGCAAGGAAGUGUCCGGUGGGGGCCUUGACUCGCUGUCUGCUUUGCCCAACAGUGUGCCCCCCAUGUCCCCUCUCCACCAGAUGGACAUUAAGCCCUCUCUGGCCAUUGUCAACAGCACCAGCAGCAACAGCAACCAUGCUCCCAGCCGGCCUGACGACCUGGGCAAGAAUGGUGGACUCCCAGACAUCAAGCUCAACGGCUCACUGGACUUGGACGAUGGCUUAGCCCUCAUGAAGGACUUGAAGCAAGAGCCGCUGGAUGACGGUGCGGGCAUCGAGCCUUCGGACACAUCGCUGUCAAAUCAGAACAAGCUGUUCUCAGACAUCAACCUCAACGAUCAGGAAUGGCAGGAGCUCAUCGAUGAGCUGGCCAACACGGUGCCCGAGGAUGACAUGCACGACCUGUUCAACGAGGACUUCGAAGAGAAGAAGGAGCUGGAGUUCACGCGGCCAACCGCGCAGACACCGCUCCCCCAGGAGCCGCCUCCCAUCCCGCCCGCACAAAACAACCAGAUACCCAUGGGCUCUCCUCAGGUCCGACCAUCUUCCUCGGGGCCGCAUUUCGCCACAGCGGCCAACAGCACGCCGCCUCAGCAGCCACUGCAGCAGUCUCCUGCUGUCGCCCUGGCCUCCGGCUCACCCGCUAAUUGCGUGACCCAGUCACCGCAGACCCCCACGCAGCCCCAGACGCAGCCCUCCAGGCCUGGGAAUGGAUUUCUGAUGAACCCAGGCUCUGGGGUGGUGCCACCAGUGUCUGCUCCCGGGGCCUCCGCUGCUCCAGGCCAAGGGGGGAAUGGUGCAAUCCCAGUGCCUCCCUCCACCUCUGAACUGUCCCCCGCAGAGCAGUUGAAGCAGAUGGCUGCCCAGCAGCAGCAGCGAGCCAAACUCAUACAGCAGAAGCACCAGCAGCAGCAGCAGCAGCAGCAGCAGCAGCAGCAGCAGCAACAGACGCAAGCGGCUAAUUGGUCACCUGCUGGGCCUCCCACCAGUCCGUAUGGGGGACAUUUCAACCCGGACAAACCAAAUAGCCCCAUGAUGUACCCACAAGCCUUUAAUGCCCAGAACCCAAUGGUGCCUGCAAUGGCAAACAACCCUCAGAAGGCCAUGAACAACUACCUCCCACAGAACCACAUGAACAUGGUCAGCCAACAGCCUACCAACAUGGGCCAAAAUGGCAUGAACAAGCAGCAGGGUGCCGUGCUCUCGUACAGCAACACCAAGCCCCUGAGCCACUUCAGUGCCGUGGACCCCAUGUGCCCGAGGAUGACCCCACCCAUGGCCAACCCCGGCAAGAACCCCAUGAUGCCCUUCAUACAGCAGCAGGCCCAAGGGCAGGGGGCAGGACAGGGCCAGGUGCCAGCACAGGCCCAGGGGCAGAUGCCUGGCCAAGCAGCACAUCUGAGUGAGGAACAGAAGCGCAUGUUGCUCAUGAAGCAGAAGGUGCUGAAUCAGAGCAUGCCUUACAAUGCUAUACAGUCCCACGGACAGGAGCAGAGUAUGGCGGGCGUCCCGAGGCAGCCGGGCGGCGUCCAGCCCUCUUUGGCCGGCCCGGGCGGCGUGGCGCCGGGGCCCGGCGCCGGCGCGGGGGCACCCGGUUACCUUGGCAACGCGCAGCAGGCGGCCAUGAUGAAGCAGAUGAUGCAGAUGGAGCAGGAGAAGAGGGCGCAGCUGCAUCUGAUGGAGCAGCAGAAGCAGCAAGUCCUGCGAGAGCAGCGGCAGCAGCAGCUCCUCGCCGAGCAGUUGCAGCAGCAGCACCCCCGACACCAGCUGCCUCAUCCGCAGAGGAACGCCUACCCUGUUCAGCAGGUCAACCAGUUCCAGGGCACGCAGCAGGAAAUGGCCGCUAGGAACCAGGCCCUCCAGAACAUCCGAAACGCUCGAAUGCUUCAGCAACAGCAGCAGAACCAGGGCAUGAUCCAGAUGGCGCCGGUUCAGAACUCGGCCUCCAUGCCGGCGUCUGCCGGCCAGCCGGACAUGGGCUUGGCCUACGGCGGCCAGCCCGGCGGCCAGCAAGGGGUGUACGGCCUCAACUCGAGCAUGAACCAGAUGCUGCAGCACCCGGGUCAGAGCGGCAUGAGUAUGGGCCAGAGACAGCCUGGUGCAGGACAAGGGGUCGCCAUGGUGGGCGGCUAUGGACAGGGCAUGCUAAUGAACCCGGCCAUGCCCCAGCAGUCAAUGAAAGGCCCUCCUGUGGGUCAGCCUAUUGCAAAGGCCCAAGCGCAGAGACUGCAAGGCAUGAUGGGAGGUGGCGCCCAGGGGCCGCAGGGCUGGCCGCAGCAGCAGCAACCGCCGCCGCCGCCGCAGCAACAGCAGAAUCUCCAGGCCAUGAGUGGCCGGACUAGUGGGGAGAUGGCCUUCGGCAGCAGCCCCGCCUACCCGAUGCAGCCCGGUCAGCCUCGAAUGGCAAAGCAGCACUUUCCUCAGGGCGUGGGCCAGCCUGUGGUGGACCCUAGGGCCAUGAACCCGGCCAUGAACCCAAGCCUGAACCCGGCGGCCAUGAACCCGGCGGCCAUGAACCCAGCCAUGGGCGGGCAGAUGAUGCCUCACAUGGCGGGCCAGCCAAGGACCGGUCAGCCACGGCCCAUGGGCGUGCCCGGCAUGGCCCAGAGCGUCCCCAGCAUGACCCCCUUCGGCCAGGGGCCCGGUCAGCCCAUGGCGGGCCCGGGGGGCUCCUACAUCCAGAGCGCCCAGCCGCAGACGUACCAGCGCGCGGCCGGUCAGGACUUGUCGUACGGCUACGGGAGUCAAGCCGCGGCGGGCGGACCCUUUAACCUCCCAGACAGGACCGAGUUGGAGUCGACGGACGGCUGGAUGGAAGAGUUCUUCCCUAGCCAAUAGCAAAGAGCAAAGUGCAUAGACUUUAUAAGGACCGCAGAUGAAAAGGAAUUAAACAUGACUGUUUUCAUUUUGUAAAACAUUAAUCGGCUGAGAAAACAAAUGUAUCGUGUCCUGUAUGUGCUGUCAGUGUAUUUAAGAAGCAGCUCCUCGCGGUAGCUCGGAUCGAGGGGCUACGGCGAGAAGCCGGGCGGUCCGAGACGAGGGAACUGCUGCUGCGUUUUAUUUUUAAAUGCCAAACUUGUCUCCGUUUUCCAGUUUGAAUCAAGUCUUCUGCCGAAACUCUGACGCUUGCUUGGAUGCGGGGGUGCGGUAAGGUGCUCGCGGUAGGCCAAGGAAAGGAAUCCUUUGGAGAAACCAGUUAUGUUUCAGUAUCUGGGUUAUAUGAAUGUUGUAAGUGUCGUGCUGUCUGUUCCGUGGCGUCGACCUGUCAACUCGGAGCCUUAUUUCCGCGUGAGCGUCGUCGGUUCGCCGGAACGCAUCUUCACGCUGAUCAGAGAGGAGCGAAGUUUAACCUGUGCUCGAGUUUAUAGCCGACACUCGUCUUUGUUUUCGGAAGAAGCUGCGGAAAGCAUCCUUGUGACUCACAUCUGUUUCGUUCUCUACUCAUCUUAACCGGCACCCCCCCCAGCCUCUCACGCACCCCCCACUCUCCCUUAGAGGCUUGCAUUUCAUCUGCGUUUGUCUGCUGUUUAUACUGUGAAAAUAACAACAAAACAAUCACGUUUCUUUGUGGGAUGUCGACACGAACGCGGCUGGGGUGGGCCGUCGCUUAGCAACCGGCACGCGGGCAUCAAGCGGGCCGGGUCUCUCCUCGGUGCCGUGAGGGGACCUGGCUGCUACCCAUAGUUCAAAGGGGCUGGAGCGUGGAAAUUGAGUCAAAUGGCAGCUAUGGGAGCGAUAUGAUAUCAAAAGCUUUAUUUUUCAAAGGUAAAAACGAAAUGGUAGGCAGCGAGUGUAUCGUCAGCCACCGGUGGUGACUUUGUUUUUGUUCCUAAAGAAAGGAAAUCAUAAACAUCUCGCCUCUUAGCAAAACGAUGACUGCUUUCGAGCCGUUCGAUAAUACGGCCGUAAGGCUAAAUAAUGCCUUUAAGAAGCGGUAAGUAUUUAUCCUUACAAGGAUAAACGACAUAACGACGAGUAAGGUUGCGCUCCGUUGAGGUUCUCAUUUUUCACCCCUGCCGUACUGUGGAAUACAUCUUUUCAUGUUGCAUCCGCAAACAUAAAGUCCCCGGUUUUGGCACGGCUCAGAGGUCUUCUGGGAUCGUUGUCUAGGAAACGGGUUGGUGUAAGACUACCCUUAUGUUUUGGUGUAGCGCUUGCCGGAUGGCGGCCGCGAGUUAAAGGAGGGUCCGAGUUGUCCGAGUUUGAAGGCGAGUCAAGGUCAGACUUCACGGCGUUCUCGGCGGGCCGCGCACGCGACCCCUCCCAUCGCUACCGGACCGUGGCUUCUCACGCGUCCCGUCAAAAUCGACAGUCCGGUGGCGGGAGGCGGGCAGACCGACCGGGGUUGGGUAGUACUCCAAGGGUCUCCCGCGCCUUUGUUCCGCCCAAAAGCAGCCAGGUCUCCGUGGCGCUGCCCUGAGGAUGUUCACGAAAGACAUUUGGGUUUACCGGUAGGUGUCUUGCAAGGCCUGAGUCAGAUGUCAAAAAUGUGACUUUAUCAGAGUCAUGCUCUGUAUGUUAUGAAAAAGUAUUCCCGCAUUCAGUUCCAGCUGAAGAUCACUGUUAAACGUUCGCACUGGGCAAGGGAGAAAUAACUCUGAACCCGUGAUCUAUUACACUGGCUCCUCCUAUUAGGAACGCUCUUAUGAAGAAUGCUCGGCGUUACCGACGUUUUCCGGUUUAUCGCGCGUCUUUCGCUAGCUGCUUUCUCGAAGAUGUCUCUUUGUAGCGGAGCGAACUGUAUUAACGUACCCGGCUGAUAGGUGUCAGUGAAACUCGGCAAAAUGCCGCAGGAGCUUCCACGGAGUCCGCGGCUCCUGCGCGGUGUCGGUCAGUGCUGGCGACGCGGGAGGGACGCCGUACGUGUUUCUGGCACGGAUCAGUCAUCGGUCGGCAUUGAACAGGAGUUCGGUUUUGGACCCAGCAUAAUUCUGUCGUCGGUUACGUUAAUUCAUUUAGCUGAUUUUUUUUUUUUAGGGGGUGCGGUGGCGCAGU